ACCAUGGCGACGAUUCGCUGGUUGUCAUGGUUACUAAUGAUAUGUGCCACGUGUCGCCACGUGAUCUCUGUGGGAGUUGACCUAUCAAAACCGCUGGAUUUGGUGUUUUUGAUUGAUUCGUCGGAAAGUGUAACAGGAUCAAACUUCAAUAAAAUUCUACAGUUUAUGGCGGAAAUUGUCGAAGAUGCUUCGGUAGAUUCCGGAGAAGUCCGCGUUGCUGUUGUUACGUUUGGUGAUACCACUGUGAUACGUUUCGGUCUUAAUGAAGUCGAUAAUAAAGAGGAACUUUUAGAAUUUGUUCAGGAAACGACAUUUGAUACCGGAAACACGUUGAUAGCCGAUGCACUACUUGCUGUGCGGACUAAGGUAUUCAAUACGGACGGUGAUCGGCCGGAAGCUCGCAAUGUUUUGUUAAUAAUCACUGACGGAGUAUUCGAUUUGGAAUCUUCGAAAGCAAUGAGAGAAGCAGAAACUAGCAACGAACAGGGCAUUGAGAUAUACGCCAUUGGAAUAGGACUGUUUGAUAUUAUACAACUAGACAGACUUGUAUCUAAACCCUUGGAAAAUCAUAGAUUCCUCAUUGAAAAUUUCGGCUACCUACAAGAGGCCAAGAGUUUCGUGUUUAUUGACGAGGGUGAUGAUUUUCUAGACCCGUUUGGAGAACUUGAUGGAUUUGACCCGGAUGAAAGCUUCGGAACAUUUGACGGGUGUGGAAAUAGACCCAUGGACAUUGUGUUGCUUGUUGACACUUCAGAAGCAUACGCCGAUAACAAUGAGACCUUUCUAACCAUUAGGGAUUUUCUCAUCAAAUUCGUCAAAUUAGCUAAUGUAAGCUCUGAGGUUACUCGAAUAUCCCUGGUCACAUAUAGCACAAGUCCGAAAAUCCACUUCCGGUUGGGAGAGAUUAAUACACCCCAGGGUGUCGAGGAUGCCAUCCGAUCUGCAAGCUUUUGGCCAGGAGAAAGGAACUUAGCUGACGCUCUAGACGCGCUGAGGCGGAGGGUAUUUUUUGAAUAUUAUGGAGAUAGGCCCCAGGUCCCCGACAUGGUCAUUCUAAUAACGACAGGAAUCUCAAACAGACGAGUGACCCAGAGCUACCAGUACGCCCAGGCUCUGAAGGACAUCGGUGUAAACGUCAUCGGCAUUACAUGGAGCGAGGAAGGCAAACAGGAGUUAUCGAACGUGGUAUCUGAACCGGCUUAUGCUAAUUUGUUUAGUCUCGACACCAUUAGCGAGCUCCACAUAAUGACAGAGCUGGUCGUGGCACAAGUCUGUGAAAGUUCGGAUGCAGCUUACCUUACACCCGUGGAAGGUAGUGAUGAUAUCGACCUCGUGUUCCUGGUCCACUUUUCAAACGAGCUCACUCCCGAGAACUUCGUCAAAAUCACAUCCUUUAUGGCUAAACUGAUUGACGGGGCAGAUGUUGAUUUAGACUCGGUCAGAGUCGGGGCGGCCAUAUACCGAGAGGAAGGUACGGUACUGUUUAAACUAGAUGCUUACAGGGGCGAUAAAUCGGGUCUCCUCGAGGCAAUCCGAAACAUCAAGCCGGUUUAUAAAUCUGCUGAUACAAAUUUGGCCGCUGGUUUAAAUCUGGUCCGAAACGAGAUGUUCGACGUGAGUAAAGGUGACAGGGAGAAUGUACCCAACGGCCUGGUCAUCAUCACCGACGCCAACUCUGAGCCGCAGUACUACCCCGAACUAGAAUACUCCGCCGCACUCGUCAAAGAUGCAGGGGUGACGGUAUUUGGUAUCGGGAUCGAUCUGCGCAACACUGAUGAGAUGAAUAUGGUAUCUACGAGUCCACAAAUGAGCUACGUCCUCGGAAAUGUCGACCAUCUUCCCAGCAUGGUUCAGGAGUUACGACAGAAGCUGCCUUCGCUAACAUUCGUUUUGCCUGAAGAGAUCGAAACACUGCCGCCAACAACAGAAGCAACCGUUGCUCCAACUACAGUGCCCACUACUCCUGAGCCUACUACAACCCUGGAGAGUAGUCGUGAGGCAGAUAUUGCUGUUCUAUUUCAUGUGGGACAUAAAACCAAACUAAGAGAUAUGAACAAAAAGCUGAAAAUUUACCUGUCUAAUCUAUUUGCGAAAGCAAAAGUUGGCCCAGAUAUGCUUCGCGUAGCACUGGUAAAUUAUGGUACCGCAACCAACGUGUUGUUUGAUUUUAAUGCCCAUAGUAGAAAACCGCAGGUACGAAGUGCAAUCAAAACAACAAUUAAAGGUAAUUUGCGAAAAAGCCGAGCGAAUUUAGGAGAAGCACUGAACAAAAUCAGAACGGAAUUAUUUGUACAACGCGCUGGCUCCCGGAUAGAUGACGGAGUUCCAGCCGGGCUCAUUGUAGUUACAGAUAUGGUGUCAUCAGAUGAUGGAUUUGACUUCGAACAGGAAAUGACGUCACUAAAACAGAUGGGUGUGACGGUGUUUGGAGUUGGAGUUGGGUCAAGCGACGUUCAUGACGAGUUACGGCAGUUGACGUCAGAUCCGGCAAGCGAUUAUUUUCAAGCCAUUCCGACAUUAAGCGAUCUACUAGCGAGUGCUGCACCGGUUAAAAACAUAAUCAGUCGUGUGAAAGCUAUGGGAGGAUUGAUCAAACGCCGACCAACAACACCGGCUCCUAGUCUAAGCAAGUAUAGAACAAUACAAAUUGCCCUAGUUUUCCGUUCCGGAUUUGAAACCUCUCCUCGUGAUUAUUUUACACACCUGUUGCCAUUCAUGGCGAGAUUUCUGGACGAUAAAUUAAUUCAGGGAACCAAUAUGGAAAUUGCUUUUAUAAACUAUGGUGCUACUGUACAUCAACUGUUUGGGUUCAAACAAUUCACUAGCUUGAAUGAAAUGCAGACGAUGAUAUUGACAGCCCCCAAUAAGCUGCAGUCUACGUUUGCGAGGUUUGGAGACGUUCUGCAGCACCUUGACUUGGAAGUAUUUAAUCGCAUGCCAAUGCCAUUGGAUACCUCAAAGCAUGUCGUAUUUGUUACUGACAAAGUCUACGAUCAGAUGAAUUUAAAAGUGAAGAAUGGAUUAGUUAGAUUAAGGAGGAAAGGAAUAAAGUAUCACUGGGUAUUGAUUGGUCGGCAGAGUAACAUAAGUACUGCUGGUGAUACCUACCUUGUACAAGACUAUCCAAGUCUCACUAACAACUAUGAUGUCAUUGAUGACAUCACAACAAAUAUUGCUUUUGAUGAAAGCGAGUACUCGGAAGCGUUAGUUCCGAAGACGGCAUCGCUACCCAGUGUUCCAGGAGAAAUACAAAACUCGACACCGACGAAAAUCAUCAUAGCUUUUCGUUCUGGAAGCUCCACAUCACCACCUGAAUUCCUAACAAAACUGCUGCCUUUCAUCAAUUCAUUUAUUGACCGGAAUAUUUUAUCCGAAACUAAAACAGACAUCGCUAUUGUCAACUACGGCAAGACAGUUCAACUGGUCUACGGAUUCCAACAGUUAAGUUUCGAUGAGAUGAAGGACGCUGUGAGUGGUAUAUCGAAGAAGUAUCGGAGUAGAUUCUCUCGGUUUCCGUUAGUCAUCGAUUACAUUAACCAGGAGUUGUUUGUUCCACCAGCAGUAGCAGACACAGACGACCGCCACGUCGUGUUUAUCGCUGAUCAGUUGUACGAGAAGCUAGAUUCUGGGAUCAGGAAGGGCAUAGAACAUUUGGAGACUAGAGGUAUCAACACGCACUGGAUUCUUAUUGGAGAUAAUAGUGCUAUACCUACGACAAGCGCAGCUUAUAAAGUGGCCGAUUAUGAUGAAUUACUUCAACGUCAGGAUAUUUCCGCUCAGAUACUUUUUGCCAUUACACAAGGAAGGAUUUUUGAAAAAGAUGUCAAUGAGAUCCCGAUGAUACCGGAAGUGACGACCUCAUCACGAGAUUUCGAUCCCGACAAUGUGUUUGUAGAUAACACUGAAAGACAUGCCAAUGAGAUACCGACUGUUCCUAUGGUGGAUCGUAAUAUUGAAUCCACAUCAGGUGAACGAAACGUCAAAGUUGUGAUAGUUUUCCGUACAGGAAGUGGAACUUCUCCACGAGACUUUUACCGCCAUCUCUUACCUUUCAUCGACAGCUUCCUGUUUGAAAGCUCGGCGAUGCCAGAGGUUCACAUGGAGUUCUCCGUCAUUAAUUACGGGAAAACUGUCACACAGAUCAUUGGAUUUACGGAGUAUUCAUUGGAGGAGCUGCACGGUAUCAUUCUUGGCAUUUCAAAGAAAUACAGGUCUAGAUUUGCCAAAUUCCAAAACCUUCUUGAAUAUUUAAAACAAUCUGUGUUUACACCGCAUAAUGUGUCGCCUGAUGAUGAAAAACAUUUGAUAUUGAUAACUGAUAAGAUAUUUGACAGACUUGACGAUAUUAUUGAGACAGGGAUAAAUGACCUGGAGAUGAGUGGGGUCAUGACCCACUGGGUUACCAUAGGAACACAUCAAACAGUACCAACCAAAGGGCACGUGUACACAACACAGAGCUAUAGCGGUCUAUCUGAUUACGAUGUAUUUGCAGCCAAUUUUAAGAUACUGGCCGACAUAUUUGCAGAACCAGGAUCAAGAGAGCGUGCUGUUUCCUCGACAAUGUCAACUCUGCCUACGACUUUGCCCACAGUGACAACAAAAGAAAUAAGGAACGCCAAGAUCGUCAUUGUGUUCCGAACAGGAAGUUCUACCUCUCCCCAGGACUACUUCCAACACCUACUGCCGUUCAUUGAUACGUUCGUAAACAACGUGUACACAGACCAGGUCGAAGCGAAAUAUUCCGUCAUUAAUUACGGUAAAAGUGUGUCGCAAAUAUUUGGAUUUAAAGACUUUGAUGCAUCAGAAUUACAAUCCAUCAUACUAGGCAUGUCAAAGAAAUACCGCACAAAAUUUUCCAGAUUCCAGCAGCUGUUACAGUUUUUACGACAAUCUGUGUUCAUACCGACACAAAUGUCUGAUACGGAUGAAAAGCAUGUGAUUUUCGUAACGGAUAAGAUAUACGACAAGAUGGAUGAUGGACUAUUACAUGAACUUCGUGGCCUUGAGGAUAGAGGCGUGACUACACACUGGGUGCUAAUUGGCCAGGCUCAGGAUAUUCCUACGCGGGGGAAGCUGUAUCAUAUACGAGACUACCCGGAAUUGUCAGACAGAACUGACAUCCCUGUGCCCUACAAAAUCCUCACUGAAAUACAGUACAAUAGACAAACAACACCUCGUGCUGUUAUUAAAAGUACAACAACAACAACAACUACAACAACGGAAUCCCCACUUACAGGUGGAACGUCGAAUAGAUCGGAUAUAGAUCCAUCAAUGGCUGAUAUUGCUUUCCUGUUCCAUGCAUCAAAAACACUAUCAAAGAAAGCUUUCAAGAAAGGAUAUAUCAAGUUUUUAAUACGAAUGAUUAAAAAGUGUAAGCUGGACAACGGUAAGGUGAAAGCAGCGCUAGCCACAUACGGCAAGGAAGGACAACUCUUGUUUAAUCUCAAUACCUUCUCACAGAAGAAAAGUGCGAUUAAGUUCAUAAAGAAACUGCCAAAGAAUUUGCGUUUUAAAAAGUCAGAUUUGGCAAAAGGAUUACGUCUUGUAAGGGAGGAGAUAUUUGUUGACCCAUUUGAUAGACCACGAGCUCCUAACUACUUAGUUGUGGUGACUGACAGUCCGUCUGACGAUGGUUUAUCUGAAGUUAUGGCAGAAGCAGAACUACUGAAGGACAUGGGUGUGUAUGUUUAUAUGAUAGGAAUAGGAGAUAUUGGGGAGGAAAUGGUCAUUGUACCUAGUGAACCUUCAGCAGAAAAUUCUAAACAACUCUCAGUCUAUACGGAUUUAGCCAAAUUCAAGAAAUCAGGAAAACCUAUUAUGAAGAAGAUACCUGCACUAAAACGUAAAGGCAAGAAAACCGGAAAAAAGAAACCGAAGACGACAACAAUGAUAGGAUUAACGACAAUACCAACAACAACGAGUGGUGGCGGAAUGUCAACUCAACAGUCUACAAAUUCAAGCACACUUGCUUCUACUGAUAUUCGUUUGACGUCAACACUGAUGACAUCAGUCAGACUGAGCAGCAGACCUUCUACAGCUAGUACUGGUGAGGAUACUACGGGAACUAUAACAGCUGUUUUCAGUAGAGCAUCAACGGAUCUGUCAACAGCUAGACCGACACGUACCACUGACGGGGUCAUAAUGACGUCAUUAUCGGAGCAAGAAACAACGGAAACAUUACUGUCAACAGAUAGAUCAGCACGUACCACAGAGAGGGCCAUAAUGACGUCAUCAUCGGAUGUAGGCAUAAGUACGAUGCUGUCGUCCAAAUUUGAAGAAAGGGAUUCUACAGAUGGACAUGUAUUUGAUAGGACCGAUCGCGUUGCGACAUCAACUGCAAGGGGAUUUACUCCUACAGGGAUACAUACAAGCACAGAAACGGUUACAAGGCGUACCGACAACACGCGAACCCAGAGCACUAGCAAUAUGCUGACUUCAAAAUCGGUUUCACAGGAGGACAUGUUGACCUCUAAGGUCACUACAACAUCCACAUCAGUCCUAAGUACAAAACAGGCGCUGCGAACAACUAGUAGUCCAUCUGUGGAAAGUACAGAAGAACUAUGGACAAAAACAACAAAGUACCCGAGAGCGCCAUGGACAACGCAGGUACCAACAGGAAGGUCAGAGGUUCCGUUAGCCUCGACUAGGUUUAGUUCAGCGUCCUUACCUGAACGAGUUACACUCACUGGCGAAACAAAUGCAGCUGUAGUUAUUACGACGCCAAGGAGUGCACAAAGCUCACACGUGACAAGGGAUUAUUCUACUGAAACUAAUACCCAUAAAUCAACUGACAGACUCGAGGAAGUGGAAACAACUGAAUUAAUAAGAACAGCAGAUGACAAACAAGGGGAGACAACAGAGUCUACAACGUUAAGAGAUGAACAGAAAGUUCCUUCUUCAACAGAAAAGCAACAUAGAACGUCGACAACUAGAACAGAGACAGACGUUAUAUCUACGCGUGACGAUAUUAUCGAGGAAUUUACAGUCACUACAGACUUGGAAUAUGAAGAGUCCGUUACAACUUCUUCAUCAAGAUACACGGACGACAUUACACCCGUGGUAAACAAAGUGUCAACAGAAGCUGUCGCUACUGUAGCGCCGAUAUCCCUUGCAGCAAGUGAAGAGGCCGACAUCAUUAUCGCUGUUCACUCGUCCAUUACUGCAACUCGAGGCCAUUUUGUCAUUUUGCUCGAGUUUCUGGCUGAACUGUAUGAGCAGGCUGACAUAGACGGUGGCCGCGUACAAGCCGGAGUUAUGUUCUAUGGAGCUGCGUCCAACCCUAUCUUCUACCUUGACCAAUUCGACAGAUGGGACGACGUCUUUGUCACCAUUUCAAGAACAAGCAAUGCCUUUAGAAGUAACGCAGUUGACGCCUCACGUGCAAUGAAGACAGCCUCUGAUAUGUUUGCUGCAGCUCGCGGUGGACCAAUCCCCAAGGCUCUAAUCAUGGUUACCGACGCUGCGUCCAACGAAAACACAGAUAUGAUUGCAACAAGGAAGAAGGCGCUUGCCGACCAGGGUGUAUCUAUAUAUAGCGUGGGAAUCGGCCUGCCAGGGAAGGAAGAACUGGAGCUACUAGCCACAGCCAGUGAAAAUGUCUUCAGCGUAAUUGGUUAUGAACAACUGUCAAGGGCUGCUGUAGAUAUCAAGCGCAGAAUACGUUCUCUGAAUAUCCUACCAGAACGCAUCACAGUCCUACCUGUAACAUCGACUGAAAACCCUCCAGCGCCUGUCCGUACUGUGUCCCCCACCAGUGAGUCAGGUCCGAUACGAAUCACGUUUCCGACUCCAGACGGGGAACUUUUCGGCGAUGAAGCCUUCUACGACUGUUCCUCGGGUACUGCCGACAUUGUGUUUGUUAUCGACUCAUCCACCAGUGUAGGUGGGCCUAGCUUUAGGAAAAUGCUGGAAUUUAUGACAGACUUUGUCAACACAGUGGACGUCGACUCGGGAAAUCACAGAGUCGGCGUAGUCGUAUAUAAUACCCAGAUUACCAUCAAGAUAUUCCUGGACGACCACCUGGACAGAGAUAGCCUGCUCGAGGCGAUUUCGAGUAUCCGGUAUACAUAUGGAAAUACUAACACUGCCGAGGGUUUACGAGUAGCUAGAGAAGACAUUUUGGGGGCCACAGGUGACCGAAAAACUGUUCCUAAUGUAGUUAUCCUAAUCACAGACGGUAUUCCGAAUAUGAACGUCCGUCGGACAAUACCAGAAGCGACGCUAAUAAAAGAAGGCACAGCUCGACUGUACUUUAUAGGAGUAGGGUUGAGCCCCGGAAGUACUUUGGACGCCAUACCAUCAGAACCCUUCAGCGAAAACGGAUUCUAUAUUGACGAUUUCGAUUCAUUGCCAACUAUAGAAAACAACAUUUUCUCGGGCAUCUGUAAAGAAACCAUUAAGUGUGUGUCGGGGAAGGCAGAUAUUGCCAUCCUCUUAGAUUCCUCCACAAGUGUUGGGAAAGGAAACUUUAACAGCAUGUUGGAUUUCACUAAGAACAUUGUAAAGUCAUUAGAUAUGGAUUCUGGUCGAUUCCAAGUUGGCAUCUUAACCUACAACACAUUUGUAGUUCACAAAACUAUGUUGAAUGAUUUUCAAACUUCGGCCGACCUUUUGAGUUUCAUAGAUAAUAUUCCGUAUACUUACGGUAAUACAAAUCCGGCUGAUGCCCUAAGGUUUGCCAGGGUUAGUAUGUUCAGUCCAGAAGGAGGCGACAGACCAGAUGCCACUAACCUGAUAAUGCUGAUCACGGAUGGUCUGGCUAACAUGAAUCCGAGGCGGUCCGUUCCAGAGGCUAAUCUUGCUCGAAAUGAGGGAAUACGGGUGCUUGUGAUGGACGUAGGUGUCGGAAGAGCUGCGGAAUUAGCCGGGAUGGCCAACAAACCAAUCGAGAAAAAUCGGUUUAGCGUUAAUACGUUCGACGAAAUGGAGAAGAUCAAGAAUGCUUUAAUGAUAGAAGUCUGCGAAGAGAGUCGAACAUGCACUGCUGUACCACGUGACAUCGUGUUUGUCAUCGACUCUUCAUCGAGCGUGGGAACAACAAGUUUCCGCAAAAUUAUGUCCUGGAUAUCAGAACUCGGCCAUGCUGUCGAUAUAGACGGGGGCACAUACAGGAUAGGAAUUGUAGUCUACAAUACAAAGAUCACCAAAACAGUUUAUCUCAACCAGGCUACUUCUAGAGCAGAUCUAGAGAGAGAACUUAAGAAUAUCCCUUACUCCUAUGGUAAUACCAACACGGCUGACGCUAUUAGGGCUACCCGCGAGGAAGUGUUAGGGAGGGGCCCAGGGAGGAGGGCGGGGGUACAGGGGAUGAUCGUUCUUAUAACAGAUGGGAUAUCAAACACGAAUGCGCGCCGGAGUAUACCGGAAGCUAACAGUGCAAGGGCUGCUGGGAUACAAGUAUACGCCAUUGGUGUUGGUAUGAGAGAUCGACAGGAGAUUGACGGGAUAGUCAGCAAACCUCUGUCUGUUCACCGUAUCCUUGUUAGCAGCUAUGAUGCGCUACCGGCGAUUUCGAAUGAGUUAUUUGAUGGCGUUUGCACAGGAGGGGUGGACAAUCUGUUGAUACCGUCACUGCCACAACCCCAGACAGGCUCGUCAGUUAUUAAGGGGUGUUCGGAUGGGAGAGGUGACAUACUGUUCAUUCUUGAUUCGUCAACAAGUGUCGGGGAUGAAAAUUUCAGAAAAAUGUUGGAUUUCAUGAAGGAUAUCAUCGGAGCAGCCCCGAUUGAUUCCGGACAUUACCGAGUCGCAGUCUUGGUCUUUAACUCCAAUGUCAAGGUAACUCUGCUACUAAAUGCUAUAGAUAACAAACAAGAUUUGUUGACCUACAUAGACAAUAUACCUUAUAGCUACGGAAACACACACACUGCGUCCGCAUUACAAGCCAUGCGUGAUACGAUAUUCAUCCCGUCACACGGUGAUAGGUCCGACGCUCCGAACAUUGCUAUUGUAAUGACUGAUGGGGAAUCAAACAUCAAUUCCGGACGAACAAUUCCAGAGGCUAAUGCCGCAAAAAGGGAAGGUGUGGAGAUAUAUGGAAUUGGUAUUGGGCUAAUGGAAACUACCGAAAUAGACGGGAUCUCGAGCAAGCCUAAAGAUACACACAGCUUCAACGUUGAUAACUUCGACAGUUUGAACGGCAUGAAGACAGAUCUUUUUUCAAAGAUCUGUAUAGCCGGUCCUUUCGAAACAAACACUAAACAAGAAGGCUGUAAAUCUGGGCGAGUCGACUUGGUUAUCGUUCUUGAUUCCUCGACCAGUGUCGGAAACGACAACUUUCAGCUAAUGAAGAACUUUGUAAAAGACCUAGUUGGCAAGGCAGAUAUUAAUUCCGGAAACGUCCGCGUGGGGGUGCUGCUAUACAGCUCCUCUGUCAGUGUACAGUUCCAGAUGAGCGAGUACCAGAAUAAAGCAGACGUUCUAGCGGCCAUUGAUGAUAUUGUUUACAUCUACGGAAGUACAAACACUGCUGACGGUAUAAAGAAAAUGUGGAGCGAGAUGUUUACACCAGCCAAUGGCGACAGACCGGAUGUGGAUGAUGUUGCUAUAGUGAUAACUGAUGGUGUAUCCAAUAUAAAUUCACGCCGGACCAUACCUGAAGCAACAAAUGCGAAGAACAAUGGGAUACAUAUAUAUACCGUCGGAAUCGGACUGAUAGACACAACCGAAGUGGAUGCUAUAGCAACUGCUCCAGCUUCUGAAAACAGCUUCAACGUCGACAGUUUUACAGAAUUAGUUAACCUACAUCAGCAAAUUUUCUCCUCGUUUUGCCCAGUUGAGGAAGUUGAAGCCACGCCCAUUCCAAUUACACUACCACCACCUGUAUCAGAUUGUGCUCUGUCGAAGGUGGACCUCAUCAUCAUCAUCGAUGCCUCGACGAGUGUAGGGCAAGAUAACUACGACCUAAUGCUUCAGUUCUGUAAAGAUUUCUUAGAAAAUGCAGAUAUCGACUCUGGUAAUGUUAGAGUAGGCGCUCUUAUCUACAGUUCCGGGGUAGAAGUUCAGUUCAAUCUCAAUACAUUUAGCACUAGAGAUGACAUAAACCAGGCUAUCGAUGAGAUCCCCUACAUUUACGGAAGUACAAACACGGCUGACGCACUGAGGACGAUGAGGAACAUGUUCAACGCCGCCGACGGAGAUCGUGAGGAUGUCCCAAACAUCUGUAUCGUUAUAACAGACGGUGUAUCCAACAUCAAUUCCCGGAGAACCAUCCCGGAAGCCGACAAGGCGAGAGACGUUGAUAUCCAUAUCUACGCUAUAGGUAUCGGUCUGACAGAUACCACAGAGUUAGACGGCAUCGCCAAUAAACCUACUGCCGAUAACAGCUUCAAUGUUCAAGGAUUUGCAGAAUUAAAAGCUCUCAGCGAGAAAGUUUUCUCUUCCUUAUGUCCAAAAGUGUCACUUGUCACGUCUAAACCCACUCCUGCACACACGACAACCAUACAGCCGACAACAAUCACAGUCACAGAAGCCCCAACACCUGCACCGCGAGCAUUUGAUCUUGUCAUCGUUCUGGAUUCUUCGGUGACGCGGGAAAAGUGGCGCUGGAUUCAAAGGUAUGCUACCACCGUUGUUCAACAGCUUAGCAUAGACAACGAGAAGUUCCGAGUGGGUGCCCUUCGGUACAGCACUAACCAGAACGUCGAGUUCCAGCUAGCAGACUACCCUACCAAGAACGAAGUUAUCCAAGCUCUUCGCCGUACUCGAUAUCAAUCAGGGCAAACAAACACAGCCGAGGCCCUAGAGUAUGUUAGGACCCGGAUGUUUAGACCCAACAAUGGCGACAGAGACUUUGCUAGAAACUUUAUUCUCCUAAUUACCGGAAAUGACGAAAGCACCGACAGGUAUGAGGCGUUCCGGGCAGCAGAGAGAAACGAAGAUGACGGAACCUACCUGUUCACGGUGGGAGUCGGACUCAGGGAUCACAGCGAACUGGACGAGGUAUCGUCACACCCUCUGGACGAAUACCAGCGUCUGUUCUUACUGACUGACCGACCAGAGGAUAUUGACGACGAGUUGGAGAUGCUAGAAGCUUCGCCAGAACGUCCACCAGAUGGAUUCCGCGAGAGGCCAUAUCCGCCCCCAUCUACAACACCGAUACCAAUCACACUGCCACCUCCGGUAUCAGAUUGUGCCCUGUCAAAGGUUGAUCUAAUCAUCAUCAUAGACGCCUCCACCAGUGUAGGACAAGAUAACUACGAUAAAAUGCUGGCCUUCUGUAAGGAUUUCCUCGGGAACGCCGACAUUGAUUCCGGUAACGUACGCGUCGGUGCCUUGAUCUAUAGUUCCGGGGUAGAAGUUCAGUUCAAUCUCAAUACACAUUCAACUAGAGCUGACAUAAACCAGGCUAUCGAUGAGAUCCCCUACAUUUACGGAAGUACGAACACGGCUGACGCACUGAGGACGAUGAGGAACAUGUUCAACGCCGCCGACGGAGAUCGUGAUGAUGUUCCAAACAUCUGUAUCAUCUUAACAGACGGUGUAUCCAACAUCAAUUCCCGGAGAACCAUCCCGGAAGCCGACAAGGCUAGACUUGCAGACAUCCACAUCUAUGCUAUAGGUAUCGGUCUGAAGGAUACUAAAGAGUUAGACGGUAUUGCCAACAAACCGACAUCAGAGAACAGCUUCAACGUGCAGACCUUUGACGAGCUCAACGCUCUUAGUGACCAGGUGUUCUCGUCUCUCUGUCCAGUUAAGCGCACAACUGAGCCCCCUACUACUACAACAACAACUACCACCACAACCACGACGACGCCAGCACCAACUACUACAGUGACAGAAGCCCCAACUCCACCACCUAGGGCAUUCGAUCUUAUCAUCGUGCUGGAUUCCUCAGUAACCCCGGAGACAUUCGAAUGGAUCCGAAAUUAUGCCAAAAUGGUCGCUGGUCGACUAAGUAUUGAUAACGAGAAAUUCCGUGUCGGACUCUUGAGGUACAGUACUGAUCAGGCCGUUCAGUAUCAACUGGACGAUUACUUGACCAGGGAUGGCGUUGUGGCUGCAAUAGACGACGUCCAGUACAAGGCAGGCGAGACCAAUACGGUAGGCGCGUUAGAUUAUGUUAGAAGGAGGAUGUUCACACCAGAAAAUGGUGACAGAGACUUCGCUAGAAACUUCAUUCUCUUGAUUACCGGAAAUGACGAAAGCACAGACAGGUAUGGGGCGUUCCGAGCAGCGGAGAAAAAUGAAAAUGACGGAAACUACAUAUACACAGUGGGAGUAGGACUCCGAGAUCACAGCGAACUUGACGAGAUAUCGUCACACCCACUGGACGAAUACCAGCGUCUGUUCUUACUGUCUGAUCGACCAGAGGAUAUAGAUGACGAGUUAGCUAUGCUAGAAGCAUUACCGGAAUUGCCCCCGCCAGGAUUCAGACAGAGGCCAUAUCCCGUGGAAACUACAGUGCCGCCCAAAUCAGAUUGCGGUAUUUCUGAAGUUGAUCUGAUUAUCAUCUUGGAUUCAUCAACGAGUGUCGGUGAGGAGAACUACGGCAAGAUGCUACAAUUCUGCAAGGAUUUCCUCGGAAAUGCUGAUCUCGAUUCCGGAAGUGUCCGAGUUGGCAUGGUCUUAUAUAGCUCAAACGUAGAGAUUCAGUUCAAUUUAAAUGACUAUUCUUCCUCAGCUGACAUAUUUGCCGCUAUUGAUAAGAUCCCUUAUGUAUAUGGUAGUACAAAUACCGCGGACGCUAUACAGACAAUGAGAAACAUGUUUAACGCAGCGGAUGGUGAUAGGGAUGGGGUUCCCAAUGUAGGUAUUGUUAUAACCGACGGCGUCUCAAACAUCAACUCUCGACGUACUAUUCCGGAAGCAGAUGGAGCGAGGGCUGACGGGAUACAUGUGUACUCCAUUGGUAUUGGUCUGACCGACACAACUGAGGUGGACGCGAUAGCCAACCAGCCGCCCGAGGAUAACAGUUUCAACGUGCAGAGCUUUGAUGAAUUAAAGGGUCUAGAUAAACAAAUAUUUUCCUCUUUCUGCGGUGGAUCAAGAGUUACAGUACCACCAACCGCGGGACCGUCACGAAAACCAGUCUCAACUCCCGUGCCGCCAACGCUUCCACAGCCGACACAAGCACCAACAUCAUGCGGUCUGUCAGAUGUGGAUUUAGUAUUUGUGGUUGACUCGUCAACAAGCGUCGGCGUGGAAAACUUUGGCAAAACUCUCAACUUCCUAAAAUCAUUUGUGAGAGAUGCCGAUAUAGACAGCGGUAGCGUUAGGGUGGGCGUAUUGCUAUACAGUAGCGAGGUAAACGUACAAUUCCAUCUGCAUAGCCACACGACUAAAGCUGACGUCAACGCAGCCAUAGACAACAUCGAAUACCAGUAUGGAAGCACAAACACGGCAGAUGGUAUCAAAGUCAUGCGGACAGAAAUGUUCACGUAUGGAAACGGAGACAGACCAGAUGUUAAAAAUGUGGUUGUCAUCAUCACUGAUGGCGUGUCUAACAUCAAUUCUCAGAGGACAAUUCCUGAGGCGGUCCUAGCCAGGGAAGAGGGUGUCCGUGUCUAUGUCGUCGGUAUUGGCCUGGUCGAUACCAGGGAGCUGGAGGCUAUGGCUUCAGACCCAAUAGAGGAUAACGUUUUUAAUGUUCAAAGUUUUGAAGAUCUUGAAGGCCUUGAUGAACAAAUAUUUUCUUCAAUAUGCCCAGUGUCACCACGUAUUCGUACCACUACUACCACUGAGCCGACCACGACGACCACAAGUCCGACCACACCCGCCCGCACCACUACAGCGGUAGUAACAGAACCGCCCGUUCCCUCACCUACUCCUACCGCCAGUGGGUGUGGUCUCGCUCGUGUCGACAUGGUCAUCGUCGUCGAUUCGUCAACCAGCGUCGGCGAGGACAACUUCAGAAAGCAGAUCAACUUCGUCAAACAACUCCUGUCCAACUCUGAUAUUGACUCGGGUGCAGUGCGUGCCGGUGUUCUAAUCUACAGUACGGGUGUGGAGGUCCAGUUCCAGCUCAACACCUACAAGACAAAAAACAGCAUGUUUACAGCCAUUGACAACAUACAAUACAUCUACGGUAGCACCAACACAGCCGACGGCCUCCGAACGAUGCGACAGGAAAUGUUUACCACCGUAAAUGGGGACCGUCCUGACGUCAUGAACAUUGCCAUCGUCAUCACUGACGGUAUAUCGAAUAUCAAUUCUCGCCGAACCAUACCGGAAGCCGAGUCUGCCCAUCGGGACGGAAUCUUUGUUUACACCGUCGGUAUUGGCCUGACUGAUACUACAGAACUUGACGCCAUUGCGACACCUCCGGCCUCCAGCAAUAGCUUCGUUGUCGACACCUUUGACGAACUUGAAGGAUUCGAAGAGAAAGUAUUCAAAUCCCUGUGUCCAGUAGAGCGAACAUUACCUACAAGAAUGCCAACAACAACAGCGAAACCAACCACACCAAAACCAACCACGCACAAACCGACUCCUGCGCCAACAAGAGCUCCCACUACGACAGGUAGAACAACCGAACGUCCGAGGUAUCCUCCGACUCGUCCUCCAAAAUAUCCAUCAUCGACGCGACGAACUCCUUUCCCAACAAGACGCCCAUCAGAUCGUUCUACUGUCCGUCCAUCUGUUCGUCCAACUCAUGGUGGCAGAGGAACUCCAAUACCAACAGAACGUCCUAGAUAUCCCCCUACAACCGCGCGUCCUACAUACCCAACCAGGCGUCCUACAAGGCGUCCUACCGACGAAAGCAGAGAAUCGACCCUACCACCACGAAGAACGCCGAGACCAACAACCCAGAGACCGACCACACCACGACCAACGACUACUCGACGCCCAGCCACACCACGACCAACUACUCCGCGACCAACCACGACAACUACGCCAAGACCAACACGGCCAGCUAACGCAUUUGAUAUUGUUGUCGUUAUGGAUUCCUCUGUCAGGCCCGAAGUAUUUAGUAAGAUGACUGACUACGUGAAGAUGGUGACUGGAGAAUUAAGCAUAGAUAACGAGAAGUUCCGAAUGGGUCUUCUACGAUUCAGCACCUACCCUGACGUGCAGUUCCAGCUUGGGAACUACAAUACACAGGAAAGCGUGCAACGAGCAAUAAACCGGGUACAGUACCGCCCAGGUGAGACCAAUACAGCGAAGGCGUUUGAUAUCGUCAGAACUCAGAUGUUUAAACGUAGAAGCGGUGACCGAAGUUUCGCUAGGAACUUUAUCCUGUAUCUCACCGGAAGUGACGAAAGUGAAAACAAAUUCCAAUCCUGGGCCGCGGCAGAGAGGGCAGAGGACGACGGCAUCCAGAUAUUCACGGUGGGAUUCGGAUUAAAGGAUACGUCAGAGCUCAAUGAAAUAUCCUCGCAUCCACUGUCGGACUUCCAGCAGCUGUUUUUGGAUGAAGAAAGACCAAGAAACUUUAAUGAUGUGUUGGCUCUUCUUGAAGCAAUGCCAGAGAGGCCCCCGAAAUCUCGCAGGCGACCACGCCCACCCGCAACUACACCACGCCCGAGGCCGGAGGGACCAUGUACAUCAACCGCAGACGUCGUCUUCAUUCUGGACACUUCGGGCAGUGUCGGACGCGACAACUUCUACAGAAUGUUAAACUUCACAUGGAGCACAGUGCGUGAACUGGAAGUGGACAGUGGCAACUACAGAAUCGGCUUGAUGACCUUCAGUGACCGCGCCAAUCGGGAGUUCAACCUCAACAGCUAUGACACAAAAGAAAAGCUCAAGAAAGCUAUAUCACGGACGGCGUAUAUAUAUGGACGUACGAACACUGCCGACGCUUUCCUAAUGGCCAGACGUGAUAUGUUUGCGCAGCAGUUUGGUGAUCGACUAGAUGUACCGAAUGUCAUCGUCAUCAUUACGGACGGAGAAUCGAACAUCAACAAUAUGAGAACCAUACCGGAAGCUAUGACCCUUAAACGCGCAGGCGUAACGAUCAUCACAGUCGCCGUAGGAUAUGCUGAUAGCUCUGCUGAGCUGUUCGGAAUCACCUCUAAUCCCGUCCGAGACAACUUGAUCCGAGUGGAAAACUUUGAUGCUCUUGACUUCCUGAAGGACAAACUCAUCACGCCAUUAUGUACAGACAUCAAUCUGUGUCAGGAAAACCCUUGUCAUAAUGGCGGCUUCUGUAUCGACGGCCUCCGCAGCUAUAUGUGUGUGUGUACGGAGGGAUAUUAUGGCGACAACUGCCAGAACACUUGUGGGCAGCCUGCAGACGUAGUGUUCAUGUUGGACUCGUCCACGAGUAUCGGCCAGAGCACCUUCCAGAGGAUGAAGACCUAUGCCGAGGAGCUCGUGCGCAAGAUGAAUGUUGAGUCAUGUGACAUCCAGGUUGGAGUGAUGAAGUACAGCUCCGCGUCCAUGGUGCAGUUCAAUAUCGGAGCCUUCAGGGACACGGAGACAAUUUCACGGGCCAUCGACGCCAUUCACUACACCAGAGGUCAGGCCAAUAUGGCGUCUGCCUUCGAGACGGUGCGGAAGAACAUGUUCAAUGGCGGAAGUGACAGGCCGGAUAUACGUAACAUCGCGUACCUACUUACAGACGGCUCUGUAGAAAUUAACGCCGACACUACCAUGCAGGAAGCAGAACUAGCAAUUAACUCUGGUAUCAGGAUUGUCCCCAUCGGCAUCGAUCUCAGAGUGAAGGCGGAUGUGGAGAAUAUCGCUAACGUACAGGGAGGUAACACCAUUGAAAUUAACGGAGCGGACGGAUUACGGAACGGACUAGCUGACCAGGUUUUAAGGCCAGUGUUUGAAGAUAUGAGUUACUGUGACACUAAUCCCUGCAGUAAUGGCGGCCAGUGUCGAGAGAGCGGAAACGGAUAUGUCUGUGACUGUGUCCCUGGAUACACUGGAGACACGUGCGACAAACGAUGUGACGCGAAGGCAGAUGUUGUGUUUGUGGUAGACACUUCGCGUUACGUCAGCCGGAAGGAACUACGCAGUGUCAAGCGAUUCCUACGCAGUGUCAUCAAGAGAAUGCAGUUUAAACGACACAAGUUCAGAGCAGGCAUUGUCAGCUUUGCCAAAUACUCGAGGGUCCAGCUUACAUUGAGCAAGACGUCCAAAAAGAAAUCGAUUCUGUCCAUAGUGUCUGGACUCAGGAGCAAAGGAGCCUACGAUCCCAACCCAGCAGAGGCUUUGAGGAAGGCAAAUCUGCGCGUUCUACCAAAUUCCAGGUCACAGGUCCCAAGAUACGUAGUCUUCAUCACCAAGAGCAUGCGCGACGAGAAUAACAUAAUCAAACAAGCCAACAAAAUCAAGAUGAGAGGUGUCAAUGUCAUUGGUAUUGGAAUCGACCUGAGUUCAUCAGACCAAGAAUUCAUGAAGUCAGCCGUCUCUAUGCCGCCAAACAAAUUCAUGCACCUCAGCGACACUGUUGAUGGUCUGACCGACAUAUCCGACAAUAUCAUGAGUUUCUUGUGUAAUGAGAACGACCCGUGCUCAGAUAGCCCUUGCCAGCACCGAGGUGAAUGUGUUAGCGCCCACGGGGAGUAUUACUGCAAAUGUCCCCGAGGAUACGCCGGCAAAAACUGUGAUAUACCGUGCUCAGCGAAGGCGGACAUUGCUUUUGUCCUGGACGCAUCCGGAAGUGUUGGUGCGCAGAACUUCCGGCGAGUGAAGCAUUUCGUUACUAAGGUGAUUGACGAGCUUGCGAUUGGAUAUGAUGUCGCCCGAGUUGGCGCGGUUUCCUACAGUUCGCGAAGCUACAUGGGAUUCUACAUGGAUCAGUACACAGAAAAGGAGGCUAUCAAGAAUGCUAUUGCCGCUCUAAGCUACGAGUACGGAAAUACAAACACCGCAGCAGGUCUGCGUACAGCACGCACUCGUAUAUUGACGGAAAAGAGAGGAGACAGAUCGAACGUCAAAAAUUACGUUGUCGUAGUAACGGACAGUAUCUCCAACGUGAACCAGGAGAAGACGCUACCUGAGGCUCAGAAGUUGAAGGAUGCCGGUGCGCAUGUAUUCAGUGUUGGUAUCGGUAGUUUUGACCCGUACGAGCUAAGAGCCAUGGCUUCUGAGCCGGCAGAUUCCAAUACCUUUGUGUUCAACGACUUCGUGAGCUUAGCGAACUUCUCGCAGACAUUCGUACGAGCUACGUGUGUUCCAGAGUCGGUGUUGUGUGACGUCAACAGGUGUAAGAACGGAGGAGUAUGUGUGCCGGGUAUAAACUCUUUCUCCUGUAAAUGUCCACGGGGAUACAACGGACCUACCUGUGAAAUGGAAUGCAUUACCAGGAAGGACGUCGUGUUUGUAUUGGAUUCCUCGUCCAGUGUCGGUAAGGAGAACUACCAGACCAUGUUGGACUUUGUCAAGGCGCUGGUAGAAGAGCUAGCGGGAGCUUCCUUCAACAACCGAUUUGGAAUGAUCGUGUACAGUACUGAAGUUAGGCUUAUCUUCAGUCUGGGCAGGUACAAAAACGCGGCAACCAUUGGCAAUUCAGUGGGAAGCACUAGGUAUUACCCUGGCUCCACCAAUACCGCCGGUGGACUCCGAACGGCAUUAGAGAUUUUAACCAAUGCCUACGGAGCUAGACGAGACGCCGAAGACAUUGUUAUUCUCAUCACGGACGGUCAGUCAAAUGUUAACUCGCACGACACCAUACCGGCCGCAGAGGAGCUGAAGGGAACCGGCGCACGCGUAUUGACCAUCGGAAUCGGACUGACCGAUUACAGUGAGGUGGCACAAAUAGCCUCGACGCCAGAGGAUGUCUUCAAAGUGUCCAGUUAUAACGUACUGCAUGACAUUAAGACCGACAUCUUAGACAGUUCCUGUAGCACCAAUGGCUACAGUGGCAAAUGAUUGAAAUCGACACGUUAAAAUCACAAUUAUACUUGCAGAUAUGUGACAAUUAUAUAUCAAAUUUGUUUUAUAGUAUCGCUUACUUGAUUAUGAAUGAAAUGUGGAGCGAAAUGUGACAUAUUGUACCGAGUUCUAUAAUGUUUGCUUGUUUAAUCCGGUGCCGUGCUAUCACAGUUGUCGUUCUUGGUCCCUUGCAAUAGGGAUUUUUACUAAAUAGAUUCUUUUGAAUCGGGUAAUCAUCAAUGUUGCAGUACACAAGAAUCUUGUAUUUAUAAGCUUACUGAAGAAUGCAUUUCAUUUUUAUACAAAGAGUUUGACAUUGAAUAAGCAGUUAAUAUGACAAUCGAAAACCAUGACAAACUAACGUCCAGUGUAUUUAAUGAAAAAUUGAAUGUUUUAAAUAUCAAACGAAAUUAAACUGAAACAAAACGUCUUCAAAACUGAUAUUUAACGUUGACAUUUUUUUUUUAGUUAUUUUUGAAGAAAAAAAAUGGCCUGUAAAACGCCAACAAAAAUGUGAUAUUUCGAUAAAAUGUGUAUGAAAUCCACUAGAUUGAUGAACACUGAUAUUGUUGUAAUUUGUACAUGGAGAUAAUGUUUUUUGUCAUGCAAUGUUCAAUAUGCCAGUAUACUGUCAAUCAAAAUAUCAUUUUCAUUAUAUUAUAGUACAUUAUAUUACGUAUGAUAGAUUAUGUGAAUUCCAUAAGACAUUAUAUUAAUACAAAAGAUGUCGUUAUGAUUUAAUCGGAAGUGUCAUUAUGUCACAUCCGGUCAUGUGUAUAUUGAUGCGUAAGUGUUUAUACAAGUGGUGUACUGUAGGAUUUUGUAAGAUGGCAAAAUCACUUCAAAUAUAUAUGUUGAGAGUAUGUUUUACUUAUAUAGUAUAUAUAUAUAUAUAAUAUUUAACACUCUACCUUGUACUGAGAGACGAUAGAUUAUUAUAUACAUAUAGACGUAGGUAUCUGAUUGGCACCCUAAAUGAUAUUUCGCACUGUAAUAUUUAAAAUAAAUCUUUCUUGGUCAAUUUGUUCGAAUCGUCGUUAACUUCGAAAAUCAAAAUUUGAUGACAAAAUGGUGAUAUCUUAAGAAAUAUUGGCAUUAAUGUUAAAUUUAUACAUUUGUAUCAGAUCCAUGUCAACUUACUCGAUGACUUCGUAUUUUUACCAAACGCAUUGUCAACUUACUCGAUGACUUCGUAUUUUUACUAAACGCAUUGUCAACUUACUUGAUGACUUCGUAGUUUUACCAAACGCAUUGUCAACUUUCUCGAUGAAUUCGUAGUUUUACCAAACGCAUUGCCAACUUUCUCGAUGAAUUCGUAGUUUUACCAAACGCAUUGUCAACUUUUCUGAUGAUAGAGUUGUACCAAAUGUAAUGCCAUAUUUGGUUAUAAGAAUGUAAAUCAGACGGACGUCAUUGUCGUGUUUCCGUAAAACGUCACCAACAAUUGUAUAUUUUGAAGGUUAUUUAACGAUCAUUUGGACAACUCGACUUUGGAGUACGUAUUGCUCAUUGUAAGGGAUAUCUAACCACUUGCAAACCAAACAUUCCUAGUAACGUAGUUCAACUUAAAUGCAUGCAAAGUAUUAAAAUAUUGAUUAAUCGUUUUGAUCUUUAACUCAACUGAGGAUUCUUUUGAUGACAAAAUGGCCAUACGGUGCAGUAAAUGGCUCCCUGCUUCUACUUAUUAAACUUUUAAUAGUCGCGUCCCUACUUUGUUUUCCAGUGAUGAAUUUAAUUUUAAAAUAUCAUUAAAACAUGGUUAAAAUUUCUAUGCAAAUAAUAUUGAAAAUUAUCUUUAAUGUUGCGGUUUUAUAAAUAUUCGUUAAUAUAGCGACGAAACAUGUGACCAAAUAUACGUCUAUUUAGGUCACGUGACCUGGGUGCAGGUAGAUGAUGUGUAGUUGACGCUUUCUAACCACUUUCUAACACGGUACAACAGUAUUACCUAAGUAGCUUAACCGGAACAAAUCAUGAAUCAUUUAACUGGUUUGUAAUAAAACUUUUAACUUUUUAA